CGCCGGCGCCGGGUCCAGGCGGCUGGGCCCGGGCGGUGCUUUCUGGCUCUCGGCGGCACCCGUCCCCGCCCGCCUCCACGUGACCCAAACAGAUCCGGGCACUUCCGUUUCCCUCGGCUUUCUUCUCGGCGGUGUCCGCUGAGGGUCCAGAGCCGGAUCCCCGCGGAAGCGGCGGCGGCGGCGCCAUGGCGGAGCUGACGGCUCUGGAGAGUCUCAUCGAGAUGGGCUUCCCCAGGGGACGCGCGGAGAAGGCUCUGGCCCUCACAGGGAACCAGGGCAUCGAGGCUGCAAUGGACUGGUUGAUGGAGCACGAAGACGACCCCGAUGUAGACGAGCCGCUAGCGACCCCCCUUGGACAUGUCCUGGGAAGGGAACCCACCUCCCCGGAGCAAGGUGGCCCUGAAGGAACCGGCUCUGCUGCUGGAGAAGGCAAACCCAUUUUGAGUGAAGAAGAGAGACAGGAACAGACUAAGAGGAUGUUGGAGCUGGUGGCCCAGAAGCAGCGGGAGAGGGAAGAAAGAGAGGAGCGAGAGGCUUUGGAGCGGGAACGGCAGCGCCGGAAACAAGGGCAGGAGUUGUCAGCUGCUCGACAGCGGCUUCAGGAAGAUGAGAUGCGCCGGGCUGCUGAGGAGCGGAGGAGGGAAAAGGCUGAAGAGUUAGCAGCCAGACAGAGAGUCCGGGAAAAGAUUGAGAGAGACAAAGCAGAGAGAGCCAAGAAGUAUGGUGGGAGUGUGGGUUCUCGGCCUUCUCCACCAACAGAGCCAGGUCCUGUUCCCUCCUCUCCCAGCCAGGAGCCUCCCACCAAGCGGGAAUAUGACCAGUGUCGCAUACAGGUCAGGCUGCCAGAUGGGACCUCACUGACCCAGACGUUCCGGGCACGGGAACAGCUCGCAGCUGUGAGGCUCUACGUGGAGCUCCACCGCGGGGAAGAACCUGGGGGAGGCCAGGACCCUGUGCAGUUGCUCAGUGGCUUCCCCCGGCGGGCCUUCUCCGAGGCGGACAUGGAACGGCCUCUGCAGGAGCUGGGACUUGUGCCUUCUGCUGUCCUCAUUGUGGCCAAGAAAUGUCCCAGCUGAGAGGCCUUUAUCCCACCAUCCCUCUCUGACCUCUUCGUCUUUGAUAAAGCACUGACAUCUCCUUCCUAAUAAAUAGACCCUGAGUUCUGUA